AUGUUUGGUAUAUGUGGUAUGAAUGGAUUAGCAAUUUGGGAGAAUUUUUGGAAUGACAAAUUUAGAAAUGAUGGAAGACAAUUUAAAGAUAGAAGAAAUCUAUAUAUUCAAUACCAGCAUACUAAUCAUACGGAAGUAUGUUUAGGACGAACACGUGUUUGCUGCCAACUAACAGCAGUACCAAUACGUUUGCUGCAGCAGCAGCAGCGAGCAGCAGCAGCAGCAGAUGGUCGUUUAGUGGUUCGGGUAAUAUUUUCUCCAUCUGCAGCAGCAGCAGCAACAACAGCAGCACCAACUGCAUCUACAGGAGAUGCAGCAACAAGAAAACAGCAGCAGCAGCAGCAGCAGCAGCAAAUUAAACAACAAGAAAGACAACUAGAAAUUGAAUUAAAAAAAAUCCUCAAAUUUGGUUCUGUUAUAUCACCAGAAGCCCUAGCUAUUUCUGCUGCAGCAUGGGCAUGGUGUCUAUCUGCUUCCCUUACUGUUCUUACUCUUGAUGGUAAUGCAUUAGAUGCUGCUGCUGCUGCUCUCUUGUCUUCUUUAUUAACAUUUAAGCUUCCUAAGGUGGAGGCAGCAGCACUAGAUUUCCCGCUGCUGCAGCAGCAGCAGCAGCAGCAGCAGCAACAGCAGCAGCAGCAGCAGAUGGAUUAUGUUCCUCUUUGUCUACUUUAUAAACCUCUUGCCUUCUCCUUUGCUUAUGCUGUUAACGAAGCAGCAGCAGCAGCAACAGCAGCAGAUGAUGAUGCAGCAGCAGAUGCAGAUAUAGAUGAUGCAACUAAGCAGCAACUGCAGCAGCAGCAGCAGCAGGAGCAGCAGCAGCAACAAUUUUGCUUCGUUGCUGAUCCUAACGGAAUAGAAGAGGCCAUACUACCAGGCAAAGCAGCACAAGAGAGUUUAUCUCAGACAUUUGGUGUUCUUUAUGAUGCGCUAGCAGCACAUCAGAAAGAGCAGCAGCAAAUCAGACGACUCAAUGCCCGCAGCAGGUACCUGGAGGCCCCCAUAGAGCUGCAGCUGCCAGAAGCGCAUUCACUGCCGCUGCCAUCAGGAGCAGCAGCAGCAGCAGCAGCAGCAGACCUAGGAGGCAACCCAAUUACUACUGGUGUAGAGGAGAGCUUCAUGGAGGAAGCUGCAGCAGCAGAGCAGCAGCAGCAGCAGCAGCAACAGCAUGAACCUGCAGCAGCAGCAGCAGGAGCGACAAAAGCAGAAGCAGAAGCACCAGCAAUGGCAGCACCCGCAUCUGCUGCUGCUGCUGCUUCUGCUGCUGCUGCUGUUAAUGGUGCUCCUGCUGCAGCAAACACAGUAAACGUUGCUGCUAAUGUGGCAGCAGCACCAGUAGCAACCAACGUUGCUGCUAAUGCCCACAUGAAGAACGUACAGCAGCAACAGCAGCAGCAACAGCAGCAGCAGCAGCAGCAGAGUCCACAGCCUGUGCAGCAGCAACGGCAGCAGCUGCCGAUCCUGCAGCAGCAGCAGCAGCAGCAAGUUGACGAUGAGGACGAAGGGUUUGCAAGUGCAGCAACAGCAAGAAUGAAGAGGGGGAAGAAGGCUAGGCUAUAA